UUUUAUGUGUGCGCGUUUGAUGUCGGGGGAGAGGUUUGGCUCAUCAGCUCAUUCAAGAGACCCCAGACAGUAAUAGAUCCUCCCACCGGUCUGUGUCUAUUUAUACGGUUGAACGGGACUACCGUGGGUCGUGAUAACUGGACGCGACUGAGCGUGGACGCAAAUAAAACAAAUCUGAACACGUGCCGGCUCUGGCCCAGGCUGCAGUCAUGCCUCUUCUGGAAGAGACCACUCUGCCUCAAGAACACCCACCUACCCUUCCUGUGGUAAUUAUAGGAAAUGGCCCAUCGGGUAUUUGCCUGUCCUACCUGUUAAGUGGAUACAAGCCCUAUUUUGAUACUGCGACGGUUCACCCUAACCCCAUUCUGUACAGGAAACUGCAGGAGGCCAAGCACAUCCCCAUCACUGAACAGGCUAUGGAAUAUUUGAGCGAAGGUCUUGAGGGGAGGUCAAGGAAUCCCGUUGCUGUGCUAUUUGAUACACUACUACACCCCAAUGCUGACUUUGGCUAUGAUUUCCCACCAGUCCUCAAGUGGAGGAAAGACAAGCAUCAACAAAUCCCACACCUGGUUCUGGGAAAGGGAACACCUGGGGGUGCCUGGCAUGCAAUGGAAGGCUCAAUGUUAACUGUUAGCCUUGGCAUCUGGAUGGAGCUUCCCGGAGUCAACUAUAGAGACCUGACCAAUGGUUUGCGAAGAAAUGUGACAAGUGACAGAGCCACCCCUGAGGAGAUCUCAUCUUAUUACAAAGACUAUGUGAAGCUAAAGGGUCUGCAAAAGAAUUUUGUUGACAACACAUACGUUACCUCUGUUCACAAACUUUGCCGUGGGCAAGAGCUGAAAGGGCUAGAGAAUGGGCAAGAAGAUCAGAAGACGGUUGAUAGUGAGAACGGGCACUUUGAGGAGAACGACAAAGAGGGGGAAAACAAUGGAGGAGGAGGAACUCUCUGGGAAGUCAGAGGUUAUCGGCAGCUACAGAGUGACACUCAUGUCCCAUUCUCCCUGUUUGCUGAGAAUGUUGUCCUGGCUACCGGUGCAUCAGAUUCUCCAGUCCGAUUGGGUGUAGAGGGGGAAGAUCUACCGUUUGUGUUCCACAGCAUCUCAGACCUGGGCUUGGCUGUAAGCCAGGGAAAACUUGAUGUGAACUCUGAUCCAGUUUUAGUUGUAGGUGCAGGUUUAAGUGCAGCUGAUGCAGUUCUGUGUGCAUGUAACAGCAAUAUCAGAGUACUGCAUGUUUUCCGGAAGAACACUGACAACCCAGAUCUCAUCUUUAAGCAGCUUCCCAAGACCCUGUACCCAGAAUACCACAAAGUGUACAACAUGAUGUCUUCCCAGACCUGUCAUAAUGUGGUCUCCUCGUCCUCGUCUAACAGACCCCAGGCAGUUAGUGUUGCUUCUUCAGUAUGCGCCAAGAUGUGCCCUAAACCCCAGCUUUCUGCAGGGAGUAUCACUGGAGGUUCUAGUGUCAACCUCUUCCCUGAUUACACCAGUUUCCCCGAGCACUGUGUUGUCUCGUUUCAGUCUGACAUGAAGUGUCUGCUACAAGGGGACAACUCUCUAAAGGCGUUCAAGAUCUCAAUGGCCCUGGUGUUGAUUGGGACCAAUCCAAAUUUGUUCUUCCUGAAAGGUCAGGGCCAGUACCUGGGACAAGAUCCAACAAAUCCCAUCUCCUGCAAGCAGAACCCUAUCGACAUAAACCCUUACACUUUUGAGUGCACCAAGGAGCCAGGGCUGUUUGCCAUGGGCCCGUUAGUGGGAGACAACUUUGUUCGAUUUCUGAAGGGGGGUGCUUUAGGCAUUGCCUCCUGUCUGCUGAAAAGACUCAAAAAGAAAGAAAAGCUCUUCAGCAGUGAAGGGAACAGCUUCAUUUGAAAAACAAUGAAGUAAAACAUGAGUCAAGUCUUAACGCACAAUUUCCUGGAGAAACCCCCCCAGGUAAAACAUGUUUUCUUUUAAUCUACUUUAAUCAUUGAUGCAGUGUUUUAUUAUUGAGGCUUAUGGGUUUUAUUUGUUCAUGAAGCCAAAAUGACAAUGGAUGUACAAACAUUUGUCUGACUUCAAAUGAAGUCUCUUUAGGUUCAGGAUACCGCAUGCCAAUGGUAUAUAGCUGAUCUGUCAUCUCAUAACAGUAUGGAACCUAGUUUUAUUCAGGGUUAUUUGUCAUUUCACGGUGUGUCUUCAGGCAGUUUACACAUUUAAAACAAAGGAGUUUAGAUAAUAUUUAUCUUUACAGCCCAUAACUGUAGACAUGUCCUAGAUGUUAACACUAAUUUGAUCCCAUUUGCAAAGCAUAUCAAGUACCAGUCAUGAGCGGGUUCUGCAACAGAUGAAUAACAUCUGACCCUACACGCUAAUGUCUGAAAGAGGUAUUACAGUAUCGGUUUAGUAAGCUUUUCUCUUUUUAUUCCAGUAGAUUUUCAGUUUAGAAUAUCAUGUAGGUAAUUAAAGCCAAUUUAGUACAAUUAUUUUGAAAUCACAACUUAAAAUGCUUUCUUCUAUGCAAAUAAAGUGCAUUUUAAAACUGUUUAACCAAUUAACUUUAUAGCAUUUUAUCUGACAACCUUUUUUGACUUCCUCCAUUCUGGUUUUGGUGCUCACAGCGGCUCUGUGAUGUUGUUAUUGCAUCAUGGCACAGCCCUCCACAGUGUUGACCAUGGUUCAUUACUAUAGUGAACAGGGUCAGGCUAGUCUAUUUAUUACUAAAUGACUUAGCAACAAAAUACAUUAGAUCUUUUGGUAACGCUUUCCUUUACAGUACAUCAAUAACCAUGUAAUAACAAGCCAGUAACAGAGCAAGUCACACUAUAUUACUAGGUAAGAAGAAAAACUUUAUUUGGUAAUUACCCCCAAAUUAAGGUAUAUAAUUUCAAAGUAAUUACCUUCAUGUAAUUAUUAUAAUUGUAUGUUAAUAUGUAACAUUUGAAACUUUUGGUGGGUAAUUACCAUUAGGGUACCACAUAACAGUUUGUAUUAUAGGCCACCACCUACGAAAGGCUUACAAAGUAAAGUGUAGCUUAUGAUCAGGUAAAUAAAACAUUAUAAAUCUGAACUCAAGAGACAUAUAAAUAUAAGUUUAGUUAAAAAUAUUCCGAGUCUGAGUUUAAAAUUUGAAGCGACACACUUACUAAAAUUCUCCAUAAAGUGUUUCUUGUCACUUAGUAAUAUAGUGUAACUUUCUAUGUUAUUACCAUGUCAUUACAUGGUUACUGAUGUACUGUAAAGAAAGCGUUACAGGUUUUUUUUUGUUGUGUUGUCCAUUUUUAGCUUCUCCAGAGCCUUAUCCUUUCACUCCUCUGUUAUUUGGUGUUCAUGAUGACGAUUGUUCACAGAUCUUUUGUUACUAUACACCAGUAAGCACUUGAUUUGGUUAAAAUAUUAGAGGAGCUGGGUUGAAUAUAGCCACAAUCUACGUUUUAGGAACCUCUUAAAAAUAUAUCUUUCUUUCAUUUCACAAUAAGCAAUACUUUUUGUUGCUCUGUCACUGAAAAUCCAAACAAUAUAAACAAAAAUUUGUUUAUAACAUGAUCAAAUGUGAAAAUUUUUUGAGUAUGAAUUCGUUUUCAGAUCCCAGUUAUGUCACUUACUGACUUAAAUGUAGAAAAUAAAGCCACCAUAAGAUUCCCUGCUAGUUUCCGAGUACAAAAAUAAAAAGCCAAAAAGUUCAUUCUGAUGUUUAAAUAAUCUUAUUGGCUGUGAGGUUUCAAUUAACAGCGAAUAGGUAGAGGGAAAUAUAAAACAGCCAGUGUUACAAUCUACCACCUACAGAUAUCAGUCUCACCUUCUAUUUUUAUAUUCCUAUUUUAUAUUAAAACCAUCCAGCAUCUUAGGUUCUUUAACCUAACCAGUUCAGACCUCAGCCUUGGAGUUUUUAUACUUAUAAAACUUGCAUUAUCAUAACAGCCACAUCUAUUAUUAGUGAUCCUUCAAUGCAAUAGAAAAUAGUUACCCAAGAAUGUGAAAGAAUGUACCACAUUUUGAUUUUCUUACAUUUGUAUAUGUUAAUGAAUAAAUUCUGCCUUCUGCUGUUUAUCAUUACGGCAGUACAAAUUAGACGGCAGAAAAAAAGAUUAGAUGGCUGUUAUAUAUCAUUUCCUUUGAUUUUUUUUUUAUAUUAGUUACAUCUCAACCAGAAUAUUAUUAAAACUUUAUCUUUAUAAAAAGUAAUUUAAGAAGGUAAAACUCAUGCCAGAGUGAUGUCAUUGGGGCAACAGUGGCGUCGGAUGCAGGGCCACUGUGGAUACAAUGUAGCUUGCCACCAUCAGUGUGCUUGAAUGGCUUGAAAAAGCACUACAUAAAUAUAGGGCAUUUUUACCACUAAAGUCUUAAUAUCGAAUAAUGUAAGGAAUACAUCAAAGAAAAAAAAAAAAAAACAGUGUCUCAGAUGACCUGCAUAAUUAAUAAAGGAAAAGUAUUUUAAUGCAAAAAUGUUAUCCAUAGCAAGAUUAUUCAGAGGGAAGAUUCUAGCAUUCAGCAUGGAUCACUGAAACGGGUACAGAAAGCGGCGACAAACACAACUUGGAAAGUAUUGAAACCUUAACGUUAAAGGAACAUCCAUAAAAUUUGAACGAGGCUGAAGUCAGAGCUUUCAGAAUCAGCAAGCAAGCUAAUGAAACAGAAAGCAUCUAUUCUGAUCUUAAAAAAGAAGAGAGGAAUGUAGUGCAGUGGUACAAAAUUCCAAUUUUCAAAUUGGAAAUCAAGGUCUCAGAGUUUGAAGUAAGAAUCUAGAGGAGCAGAAGUUAUGUUUUCAGUCAGUGAUGAUCAGUGUUUUGAUGUCAUAUGCAGGAUAUGGUGCAGCUUUAUGAAGCAUUUAUUUAGAAGAAUGAGUAUGGCAUCACUAUGCUGAUUCAUAGAGAACCUAUGGGGAGGUGUCAAAAUGAAGAUGAGGGACACAAGACAGAACAGUGCAGAUAAUCUGAAGGCUGAUUUCAAAGCAUUGUGAGCUUCUGUUACAACUCUGUAGGGCCACAAGCUUAUCACUUCCAGGCCAUGUAACAGGGAGAGAGCAGGUCAUGAAAAAAGGAUAAAGCAAAGUGAAUACCCUGAACAUCAAUAUAUACACAAUAAAAAUGGCUUCAUUUAUUAGCACUAUGCAAUUUACUCCCUUUCUGAGAACCUCUACCUUGGGUUUUCAUCAAAAUGAUCAGAUACAAUUGCUUGAAAUAUAUUCCUCUGUGUGGAAUAAAUCUUACGAGUUUCAUUUUUGAGUUAAAUUAUGGCAAAAUGUUAAGUUUUUGAUGAUUUAACAAAGGAACUGAGAUGUACAACUCCACUGUUCUUUUGUUUCCUUUUGAUGUGACCCUUUAGUUCGAUUGCAGGGUCAACUUCUGCUGCUAACUCAGUCAUUUAAGUUGGUUAAUGUAGUAGCAAAUUACCAUUUCUGUAGUUAAUUUACUUUUUCCAACUAACAAAAUAUCUAAGUGGAACCAAAAUCAGCUGCCUACAACAGACCUUGGCGGUUUUUAACCAUCAUUUUCAGCUCAACCAUAUAACUAACUGCUUUCUUUUGCUUCGUUUUAUUGCAAUAUGGAAUACAAAAUACAUGUAUGUCUGCAUGAGCCAUUGCCUGGCAGUGACUGCUGAUGAGAGUGAAAUCAUAUAGGUGUUGGAAGAGUGAUGCUGCAGGAUGUUAUUUGCACAGGGAUAGAAGAAUUCAAGAUGAGACAUACUGCUUUUUGAAUUAAUUAUUUUAUUAUCAUUUUGCUUGAAUGUGUGAGCUUGAAACAUUAGCAUAGAUGUGUAUGAACUUUGACAUGAAAUUCAAACUGCAAAAGCUUAAAUAACAUCCCAUAUAUUUUUAUUCUGAAUCUAGAAAUAAAUGUUUAGAGCCAGUUGGUAACUCUCCUGGACAGCCUGUAGCUUUUCUGAGGAAGAAGAAGUUUUAAUUGCUGUAACAUUCAUACCAAAUACUGACUUAAUUCAACUAAGAACCUUCUCUUAAAGUAAAAAGCAUGUGCACGGAAAGGUCAACUGUUGUUUCUUUGGUAAGAAAACAACUCAUUUGAACUGUUUAAAAAAAUGGAAAAGUGCCUGAAGGGUUGAGAUAGCUGAAAGAAAAAGAAAAAAGCAAUGCUUGAAUUCUCCCCUGCUUCCCGUCUCUCAAGAGGCAUGGAAAUAGAAAUAAAGUGAAUGAAAGGCAAUAGACUUCAUGUAUAAUCUGUCAUACAAGCGAAAUAUUUUUUUUAAUGUUUUGUAUUAAUUAUUUUUUAUUAUUCAAAAAUAAAAAAAGUUGAAAAAUCC